AUGAGCAUCACCGAAACCCGCCUCCCCGCCUUCCCGCACCCCCACCGCCCCCACCACCCCACCAAAGAACUUCUCAACGAAAUCGUCGCCCCCUCCACCACCGACUUCCUCGCAAAUCAGCCUUGCCCCUCAAUCUACUCCUGCCGCCUGCGCACGCUCGAAAAGACGUGGCGUCAGGCCACCGCCGCGAUGCGCGAGAUCACGCGCAACCACCGCCAGGUUUUCGAGCCUGGCUACAACCCUAGCUCCUUCGGCGUCCGCCAGAACCUCCUCUGCUUUGGAAACGUCAUAAUGAGCACCAAGCAUUUCCUGCGGCAGGUUGAGAGCGACGUGACGUCUAUCCAGAAUGAAUCGCCCGGGUGCUAUGGCCUCCCCGGGAUGGUGGUUGAACGUCGUAGUAUUAGCCUUCUAGAGAUUGAUGUGUUAUACCAUAUGUACCUAUGCAUGGAGAAGGCGUGGUAUAGGUUGCUGCGAGUGAUGGAGAGAUAUUAUCAUGCAAAUAUGAUCCAGGAUCUGCUUGGAGGGGCGACGAGGAGGAGGGAGGGUAAUUGGGAAAGUGAUGAGGCCUAUCAGACGUGGAUGUAUGAUACCUUAUCCCGGUACCAUGUAGGGGUUGUGGUGGGAAUGUAA